UUUGUUUUGAAGGAUGGCGAAGGCAUUCCCCGCCUUGCUCUGCCUCUGAUUGGCUUAGCCUAACAUUGCCUGAGAAUCUAACCAACCCAACCAACGAAGGCAACAAGUACAAGCCAAUCAGAGGGAGAGUAGAGCGGGUUAAACCUUCCACAUACUUUCGCUAUCCUAUGACAAGGGUUAUCUAGUCCAUUCCAGUUUUGUAACGUUUAACGUUAAAGUUUACGCUAUAUAUAUAUGCAGUUGGAAACUAACUGGACAGAAUCAUUCUCUUCAAAGGUUCUAAGAUGAACUGCUGUGGUCUGCUAACUGCACAGAAGGAACCAGUUCCUCUGAAGAGCGUGGAGGUGGAGCUGGAGGUGAGGGCCCAUGUGGCUACAGUGGUCUCCACUCUGAACUAUGAGAACAAGGAGGACAAACCACUGGAGGCUGUUUUUGUCUUCCCUCUGCCUGGAGAUGCUGCUGUCUGUCACUUCAGUGCUAAGAUUGGACAGACAGAGAUUGUAGCUGAGGUGAAGGAGAAACAGAAGGCUCAUGAGGAGUAUGAUGACGCUUUGAGCUCCGGUCAGCAGGCCUUCCUGUUGGAGGAGAGUGAUCAGAGUCCAGAUAUAUUCUCUCUGAGUGUGGGCAGUCUGCGUCCAGGAGAGAGCGCCUCCAUCAGGCUGGAGUACGUCACUGAGCUGGCUGUGCAGGCUGAUGAAGGGCUGAGGUUUUCUCUGCCUGCUGUGCUCAACCCUCGCUACCAACCUCGGGGAAGUGAAGAUGUUUGUAUCCAGGUGACCUCUGUUCCAGCCUCUCUGGUGCCCUACAGUCUGUCUUUCUCUGCCCGAGUGUCCUCUCCUCGUCCAGUCUCUAAAGUAGAGUCCAACUGUCCCCUGGACGCUCUCCAGUACCUCAACACAGAGCAGACCCAGGCUACGGUCAAGUUGGCUGCAGGACACAAGUUUGACAGAGAUGUUGAACUGCUGAUUUAUUACAAAGAUGCCCACCAGCCCACUGCUGUGGUGGAGGUAGGACAGGCCUCUGCCAAGCCUGGCUCUCUGAUGGGUGAUCCAGUGGUGAUGCUGAGCCUGUACCCUGAGUUCCCCCAGGCUGUGAUGUCUUCAGUCGCCUCAUGUGGAGAGUUUGUGUUCUUACUGGAUCGAUCUGGCAGUAUGGGUGGGUCCCGUAUAAAGAGUGCCAGGGAAACUCUGCUGCUCCUGUUGAAGAGCUUACCAAUGGGCUGCUAUUUCAACAUCUACAGCUUUGGGUCCAGCUAUGAACACAUCUUCCCCUAUUUGUCUUUACUGAUGGAGAGGUGGGGAAUACCAAAGAAGUGAUAAAUCUGGUGAAGAAGAAUUCAGGAUCCCACAGGUGUUUCUCUUUUGGGAUUGGGGAAGGGGCCAGCUCUGCUCUUAUCAACGGGUUGGCCAAGGAAGGAGGAGGUCACGCUCAGUUCAUCACAGGGACUGACAGGAUGCAACCCAAAGUGAUGCAGUCGCUGCGUUUUGCUCUGCACCCAGCUGUGAUGGACAUCUCAGUCAAGUGGGAUUUGCCAAAGGGAGUGUCUGUUACUUGUCUCUCUCCACCAAUCACAGCACUUUUUCAGGGUCAAAGGUCACUGGUUUAUGCCCAGCUCACGGGACAGAGUUCAGCAGCGGAGGGCUGUGUGACGGUGAAGUACAGCCUGGCAGGUCAUCCCACUCAGAACCAGCUGCACUUCAGUCUCAAACCUGCAGAGGACACUGGAAUAACAGUCCACAGGUUGGGUGCUCGGAGUCUGAUUCGCUCUCUGGAAAUGGAGGAGAGUGAAUUGCGCAGAGGAAAGCGGGAUGG